AUGCCCGACCCGGGGAGUAUUCAUCAGCGCCAGGGGACAUCUUCCUUCAGCGUUCCGCCCCCUUCUCACUUUCGAUGUGGUGCAGGUGUACAACUGUCCAAUUGCAUCCAAACUCCCCUUUUGGAAGCAAGUACAUAUUCCGUGAACGCCUCAGACGCCUCGCAAGGGGCUGUUAGGUCGUUGGUCAAGCACCUGUGUUCUGCAGCUAUGGAGACUGCCAACCCUCAGUCUGACUCUAACCAAGCCUCCUACUCCACAGCUACACAACCGGAAGGUCACCUUGCCGACAUGUCCGAAUGGGACGAUCAUGAUGAUCCAGAAGAUCCUGAUUAUGAAGAUAGUGGAGAUGGAGAAGACUAUGAUGAGUAUGAUGAGGAUUCGGACGAUACAGAUGGGGAUUAUGAUGAGGAAGGAGAGUACGAGGAGGAGGAAGACGACACCAUGGAGGGACACGCCAGCCUUGAAAGAGACAGGGAGCUCAUAAAGCGUGAAGAAAGAAAAAAGGCAGAGGAGCUCGCAAAAUGGAAAGAGCUUAUGCUGGGUGACGUUGAGACUGAAAUAAGGCAGGCGGCAAAGGGGGAGAAACAACUUGACGAAGCCCAGUUUCUCGCCAAGUACGGAGAUGUUCUGGACCAUAUCAUGCAAGAGUCGGCGAGCAAGAAGAACGUCCUUCACAUGCUGGCUAUUCAUCCUUUCGAGGUUCCUAACCAGUUUCCCCGCUGGAUCAUCGACCACAUUCACCGUAAUGCAACGGAUAUUCAAGGCAUGGCACGCAACAGCUUGUCAAAACUGCUCGCAGACAAGGCACACACCACACCCAGCCUGGCCCUUGCUACCGCUAUACGCUGGAAGAACGAGCCGUUCAUUCACACUAUUUUGGCAAUUGAGAGGGAGCAGGGCGAUGACAGCCUCACAGACAGCCUCCGAAAUAAUCUGCGAGAGACAGUUGACGCAGGCGAUCAGGGGCCGUGCAAUUGCAUUCACUGGAGAGGAUUCACGCCUCUGCACCUGGCUGUUGAGUACCCCAAGUGUCUGGAGCGGCUGGAGGUCAUCAAGGCUCUUCUCAAAUAUGGGGAGAAAGCGCUUGAUCAGCGCUGCAAGGAAGAGAUGUCAGCGUACAGAUACUAUCGGAAAACCAUGGCCAUCUAUCGAGGAGAGGACUCCGGAAAGUCCUCUGGGCUAUCAAAGACCGAAGAACCUCUCGGACGAGCUCAGGGAGACUCGAAGCAACCAAAGGAGAAGCAAGGUGUUCCCAAAGCCAAAAGAAAAGAUGGGAGGGAGAAGAAUGAGCCAACCGAUGCCAAAAAAUCUUUUAUUGAUGUCAAAGAAAAGAGUCAGGACCAGAUGCAAGCCGAGCUAGCAGCCGGUCCAGUUCUACGAAGCCCAGUAGAAGGGGGGGAGGUGAUCAAAUCCCUCCAGCGAACAUUGACUCGGCAGCUCCAAGAGGCGCCUAUUGCAUCCAAGGCACAUGUCACGGAAAUCAAGAAGAAAUCGUCAGGCAAAAAGGCUGGCAGGAGCAAGAAGUCGACCGCAUUAUCCAAGAUGUCCAAGGACAAGGAAAGGGAGAAGCAAAUAGAGGAUGAGAUAGAAGACGAGCUAAAGCUCCAGUAUCUUCGAUCGACCUUCAAGCUUGAGCCUGAUAGACACGUUGCGUCAGCUCAUGGCUUUCUCUAUGCCCAAGGAGAAGGAGGACCUCAGGCGGUGGACCAACAUGCCUUCACAAAGUUCUACAGCAACGAAAACUUCGAUCACAUACUGCACAACGUGGCUGUAAGCCGCAUCAUCUUCAAGCACCCGAAGAAUAAGGACGCUGGCAGAACAGACAUGGAGGUCAUCUUCAAACUUCUCAAGGAAAAGGGCGUUCGCCACAUUGUCAAAGUGAUUGUCUUUGAUUCGGAAGCUCCGCCUCAUAGCGACGAAUCUAUUGAGAGAUGCUUCUCAGGGUUCAAGUCCAUUGAGUUACUCGACUGGCGGAAAAUUGACCUCUGCCCAGAUACGAUAUGCAAAGCGUGUCCGAAUGUCGUCGAGCUACAUCUGUGGUGGAGUGGUAAUAAUGCCAUUCUAGUGGCCUGGAGCGCUCCAGGUGGCCUUGCCACGCUUCCACGCCUGAAGGAAAUCCAUUUGCAUCAGACCCAGCGCAUCGAAUCGGUUGAGCGUGACAAGAAGAAUCUGCAAUCUUUCAAAGAUCGGCUGCAUAAUGAUCGCAUAGCACAGCGACCGAAAUGUUUCCAGCCGGAGGAAAGGCUAAGAUUGGCAUCCUCAGGUCAGAGACUGCCAGUGACUGUCUUAGACAUGUGGCCCGACAUAACGGUGAACGACUCGGACACCAGCAACGCUGCUCAACCCGGUCGCUCUCCAGCAGCCCAUAGCCCUCAGCUGAACCAAACAAUCGCACGACGCCGAAGACGGCAUGAGUGGUUGGACAUCAUGGACAAGUUUGCGGCCGGCAUUGAUCUCAUCGACAUGGAGCGAACUCUCUCACCUGAUGUUUUUGCGGAAGAAGUGAGGGUGGCUUUGAUAGAUGAUGGUGUCGAGAUUACAAACCGGAACCUCACGAAUCGCAUCUACAACGGCUGGACAUGCGACACCGGGUACGAAGGCAAUGGGCUGCAAGGCAUUCCGAGGCCCUACACCAGCUCCGAGACGCAGCACGGCACCUUUAUGGCGUCGACAAUUUGUCGCAUCUGCCCGAGAGCCAAAAUCUUCGUGUUUCGACUUGACGUGGUGUCCACGCCUGGAGAACGGGCACACUUUACCGCGAAGAGCGCAGCAGAUGCACUCGAGUUAGCAAUCGAUCCGAGUCGAAAGUUCGACAUCAUUUCCAUGUCGUGGACUAUUGCUAAGAACCCGGCCAACGCAAAAGAUAUGGACAGGCUAGACAAGGCCCUCAAGCAAGCCACUGCACAGAAUCGUAUUCUGCUCUUCUGCGCUUGCCCAGAUAGCGGAGAGAUGACAAAGGCACAAGCCGAAACAUUCUAUCCCUUUGGCUGUGACGGUGGCAUCGGUCUCUUCAAGAUGGCGGCCGCCACGGUUGACGGUAUCCGCGUCUCAAUGGCGGGAUCGCGCUUCGACUACUCCCUACCGGGUCACGAGGUUGAAGACACCGGCCAACCAGCCGGGGCCAGUGCCAGAGAGAUGCUACAGAAAAACCCAUAUGCCUCUGAGGUUGAACACAGCGGCCUGAAGACAGGCUCUUCCAUUGCCACGGCCCUCGGAGCCGGCCUCGCAGCCCUCAUCAUCUACUGCGUCAGACUCAGCGCUGCGUACGCUCAUCGGAUCAACCCUUCUGCUGGCACCUCCGCAAACAGCGAUAUCAACACCGGCGUACUAGGUCGCAACGCUCUGGAGCUCAUCAAGCAGCCGGCGCAGAUGCGGCGCGUCUUUGACCGCAUGGUAAGCACCGGUAGCUCAGGCGACCGCUACAUUGAGGUGUGGGAGUUCUUUGGAGAGUUGGCAGACGAGCUCGAGGCACGAGGACGACAGAUCGAGGAGCUCAAGGACAUCAUCGACAACGAAGUGCAGCCAGGAACCGCGGAAGCUGACAUGGCGGAAGCGGAGCUGCGGGCGAAGAAUGAGUCGCGAAUGAUGAAGAUUAUGCAAUGGGCACAACUGUCUAUAUAG